AGAACGAUUUAUAUGUGUGUGUGUGUGUGUGAAAUCUACAUUUUUAUCACAUAAAAACCCCACCCCCCCGGAAUCAUAUUAGUUCACCGGGGAGUUUUUGUAGGCCAUAGGGCAGUCGAAGCAGCUGUUUCAAGAAGCUUGGAAAACAAUCUUUCCAUUGUAACACAGCAGUAUUCCAGAGAAGCCAGGUGUUGCUGCAACAUAGUCAGCUCGAGCUUUAGGAAUACAACUUCCCAUCCUGCGUGUUGGCGUGGAGUCCACAGAAGCUAUUACUAUUACCUGUUGUCCAUCCCGCGAGUUGACGUAGAGUCCACAGAAGUUAUUACUAUUAACUGUUUUCCAUCCCGCGAGUUGACGUAGAGUCCACAGAAGCUAUUAGCUGUUGUCCAUCCCGCGAGUUGACGUGAAGUCCACAGAAGUUAUUACUAUUAACUGUUUUCCAUCCCGCGAGUUGACGUAGAGUCCACAGAAGCUAUUAGCUGUUGUCCAUCCCGCGAGUUGACGUGGAGUCCACAGAAGCUAUUACCUGUUGUCCAUCCCGCGAGUUGACGUAGAGUCCACAGAAGUUAUUACUAUUAACUGUUUUCCAUCCCGCGAGUUGACGUGGAGUCCACAGAAGUUACCAGCUGUUGUUCGUUUCUGUAAAGAGUAGGAUCGAACUUUAUUUUUUGAAUUAAAGCUCUUUAUGUCGAUCUUCCCUGCUAGUGAUAAAAUGUUACAUUCUGAAAAAUUCUUCUGCCUUUGUUGAGGGCCGUUACUCAUGGCAGCCAUGUUAGUCUGUCAAGCUUCCACCAUCGAGAGUGAGGAAGGAGAUACAGUUAACUGUAAACACUGUCAGGCCCAGGGAACUGGAGACAACCAGAUAUACUGGGGAAUUCAACUUGACCAGGAUCUCUUGGAGACCAUUAUUAGCAUCUAUCCGGAGUGGUUUAAAGACUAUAACUUGAACUUGACCACAAUGGCAGAUUGGAAUGCCAAUAACACUAAUGGAGGAGUAAGAAGUGAAAGUAGUAGUACGAUGAUCCCGUUGUUCCAGUCCUGUGAGACCAACACUCCACCAAAAUCUGUGGUGGAUGAAGGUUCCCUUCAGAAGUCUAUGGACAAGAACAAAGAAUCUCUGAAAAAGAAACUAUUACAACGUCGUCCUAUAUCCCAACUCGUAGAACAAGGAAUCAUGCCAC